CCUCACUAGUCACUAGAUGGUGUGCAAGCCACUGGAGAGUCGGCUUCCUCCCGCGGUCAGGUUCCGAUCAAAACAAAUCUGGGAUACUACACGGAACGCCAUUUCUCGGGGUUUUCGAAGAGGAUUAUUAUAUUUUCUUCCAGAUAUUUAUAUUUUUAUUUUUGAUAAGGGCGCGGAUCGUGCUCCACUCGGCGGUGAUGGACAUAAUGAUUGCAGUGCAGGAUGCGUGCGUCUCCGGUCAGUGGCUCACCGCUAUAAUUCUCAGUCUUUGCUGCUUUUUACCGUCGUGUUUGCCCGCUGGACAAACUGUGGACUAUGCGUCCAGCGAGAGUGUGGUCAGCAGACAGGGAGACACCGCGCUGCUCAGAUGCUACCUGUUAGAUGGAAUCUCAAAAGGAGCAUGGUUGAAUCGUUCCAGUAUCAUUUACGCAGGGAAUGACAAGUGGUCAGGGGAUCCUCGCGUGUCCAUCUUAUCAAAUGUGGGGGAUAAACAUGAAUACAGCUUACAGAUACAGAAAGUGGAUAUAACGGACGAGGGCUUGUAUACCUGUUCGAUACAAAGUGAACGCAAUCUACGCCCAAAGCUCAUCCAGUUAAUUGUAAAAGUUCCUCCCAAAAUCUAUGACAUUUCAUCGGACAUUACGGUAAACGAAGGCAGCAAUGUUUCACUCAUCUGCUCAGCCAGUGGGAAACCAGAGCCCAAAAUCUCUUGGAAACACAUCUCCCCAUCAGCCAGGAAGUACGAAAGUGGGGAGUAUUUAAAUAUCACAGGCAUCACUCGGGAUCAAGCAGGGGACUACGAGUGCGGCGCUGAAAAUGACAUUGCUUCACCCGAUACCAAGACCGUGAGAGUCACAGUAAACUUUCCUCCAGCAAUUCAUGAGAUGAGAAGUCAUGGUGUCCGACCCGGUCAGAUUGCCCUGCUGAGAUGUGAGGCAGCAGCCGUCCCCUCUCCAGUCUUUGAGUGGUACAAGGGAGAGAAAAGGAUUAACAUGGGCCAAGGAAUAGACAUCAAGAACCUCAGCUCCAGAUCAGUUCUCACAGUGAAGAACAUGACACAGGAUCGCUAUGGCAACUACACCUGUGUGGCCGUCAACAGGUUGGGAACAGCCAACGCCAGUGUGCCUCUGAUUCCAAUUAUUGAGCCCACAACAACUAGUGCUGUCUCAAGUCCAGGAGGUUUGGAUUAUGGGUAUUCAGAAAGAAGCAAUACAUACGCACCCAACACCGCUCCGUAUGGAAGUACAGGAGGCGCUGAAGUCCUGCUGGCCUGCCGGUACCUGAUCCUGGCUCUCUCCUCUCUCAUCAGUAUUUACUAGCCCUGGGGAUGGCCAUACACAAUGACUGUAAAGAACCCUUUUGAGCAUUUACAGAUCCUUUGACAUUGCUGAUGGCUGGAUCCAAUCUGGUACAGUGUGUUUGGAAAGCAGCGAGGGAUUUUAAUCAGCAUUGCUUAUGUUAGGAUGGCAAUUUUCUUCUGUGGUGUUUGUCAUCAUGUAAAUACAUAAUGGUUUUAGA